UGGUGGGCCGCUGCCAUGGCCACGAGGCAGCAGAGGAAGGUGCUGCGUUACGCGGCUGAGGGCGACGCCAGCAAGUUGCGGGCCUACCUGCGCCGCCACCCGCAGCUGGCGGUGUCCUUCACCGGCCGCAAGGGCCGCAGCCCACUGCACGCGGCCUGCCGGCGGAGCGGGGGGGCCGCCGCUGCCAGGCUGCUGCUGCGGCGCGGAGCCGACCCCGCGAGACGGGACGCCAAGGGGAACACUCCGCUGCAUCUGGCCGCCCGUGUGGCCCUCAGGAGGGGAGAGCAAGCCGACGAGGACCUGGUGGUGCCUUUGGUGAAGUGUUGCCCGGCUGCCAUGGACCUGCUGAAUGACGAAGGGGUCACUCCAAGAGAAAUACUCAGGUCAAGGUCGAAGCAUCAGCAGGACGCAGUGACGGCGGGCGAGCGUUCGACCGAAGCCGGGACGGGCCGCACUGACGGGGAGUGGUACAGCAAGCUGUUCGGCGAAUGCGAGGACGAGUUCUACCAGUCGUGCGGUCGUUACGAAGACGACUACUCUGUGCCGGAGCCGGAGCCACAGACGUAUGAACGCUGGGCGGAGCGUUUGGCGAGGGAAUACGCAGAGAAGCGCGCCCGUGCCCGGCCCGGAGUGGGCAUCGCCCCGUCCGUGGACCGGCAGAGGCAGCGGCAGCGGGAGCAGGAGCAGCGGGAUCUGCGGCGGAAGCUGGAGGAGGAGCACCGGCUGUACCAGGAGCGGGCCGGCCGCGCGGCGGCGGCGAAGACCGGCGGACGCAAGCAGCGCUACGAGCAGGGCUGCGCCCAAGUGUUCGGGCGGGGCGGGGAGCGAGGGGGCAGCGAUCGCCUGGCCUAUGCCGACAUCCCCUGGCCCCACCCACAGGGCACGGUGGAGGAGAUGGUGGCGGUGAUCGUUCACGGCGUGGACCGCGCGCAGACGGAGGAGCUGCGGCGAUAUCUACGGCAGCAGCGGGCCGUCUGGCACCCCGACCGCUUCGCCCAGCGCUGCGGCGAGCGGCUCCUGGAGGCCGACCGGCAGAGGAUCCUCGACACCGUCACCGCCCUCUCCCAGGCUCUCAACAAGUUGUCGGAGACCGUCAGCUAGAAGUCCCGGCCCCAGGGCUGCCCCGUCCAGCACGGACCGCGAUCUAGAGACAGGGAGCUGCAGAGGCUGCUUUACACAAAUGGACACAAGAUCCUGGAGUAACUCAGCGGCUCAAGCAGCAUCUCCGGAGAACGUGGGCAUGUGAUGCUUUGUGUUGGGACCCUUCUUCAGACUGUCGAGAUUUCAAGUCGGGACCCUUCUUCACAAAAACGCCCCGACCUACUUGAUGCCACGAGUACCUACGACUAGCAUCACGACCUACCUACGACCUCGUGACGACCAUGCUGCGAGUAUGAGUCAAGAGCAAACUCGGCAGAGGUCGUGAAUUAGGUCCUUAUUUCAGACUAGUGACUUAUCGGGUGGUGAACCUUACUCAGACUGGUGACGUUUCAGAUAAGGGACCCUCGUACCGACUGGUGACGGUUUGGACGGAACUCCCCUUCCGCCGUGCUUCCGAAUUGGCCGCCGUAGUCUGCCAAGGGGACGGAUCUGCCGGUGGCCGCAAGGGGACAAAUUCCACCCGCCGAUGAAUUCCUGAUGAGGUCGAUCCUCCACCCUCUCUGGGGGACUCGUGGUGGUGGGGGGGGGGGGUGGU